AUGGACUGUGGAAUUAUUAUUAGCAUCCAAUUUGCUCCUCUGAAGCGCAGGGCAGGGGAUAAAAUCACUGGCACAAUUAGGAGCACACGAGACAAGAUGGACCCAUUAUUCUUUGAACCGUUUGACAUUACAUCAUCAGCUAUCUAUACAGAGCAGGCAACUCAGUCAAUAUGGAGAAUGGAUAUAGAAAUUAUCAUGGUUAUGAUUUCUCUCACACUGUCAUGUGUUUUUGUUGGAUUGCAGCUCUUCCAUGUGAAGAAGAAUCCAGAAGUACUUCCAUCCAUAUCUAUUAUUAUGCUCGUCAUUCUCACUUUGGGGAAUAUGAUUCCUUUGGUGCUGAACUUUCAGGCUUUGUUUAAAACAAGUGCCAAUCAGAAUGUUUUAUCGGGGAAUGGUGGAUGGCUCGAGGUAAAUGAGGUGAUAGUAAGGGUCAUAAUGAUGGUUGCUUUCCUACUGCAAUUUCGCUUCCUUCAACUUUCAUGGACUGCAAGAUCAAGCAAUGAGGCCUGGUGGGAUUUAUGGUCAGCUGAGAAGAAUACUAUCAAAACAUGCUUGCCUUUGUAUUUGGUUGGAGGACUGAUUGCCUGGUUGGUUCACAUCAUUCAUAACCAAGUUCAUGGAAGAAGACCUCUUUAUGGUAAGCAGCUCCAUGAUUCUCUUUGGGGUAGUCUAAUAUCCUAUGCUGGCUUGAUACUUGAUGGUUUUUUGCUUCCUCAAGUUAUCUUCAACGUAUACUCGGGCUCCAGAGAAAAGGCUCUUGCCCCUUCCUUCUAUAUUGGAACUACUGUUGUUCGAGGACUGCCUCAUGCUUAUGAUGCUUAUAGAAGUCGUUAUUAUGUUCCUCCUCUGAACUCAUCCUACAUAUAUGCUAGUCCAUAUGAGGGUUUUUAUUCACUGGUAUGGGAUAUCCUUGUUCCUUGUGGAGGAAUCUUUCUUUCAGUGCUAAUAUUCCUUCAACAGAGGUUUGGUGGUGCUUGUAUUUCUCCUUUUAAAAAGUCGAUAGAGCCUAAAUCGUACGAGUUAGUCCCCGUAGUGGCCUCUUAG